AUGGCUUUCAAAUUCGUAGUACUUUGCGCCGCUUUGGCUUGCGCCAACGCCGGACUCAUCGGUGCACCAGUUGCUCACUACUCUCCAGCUGAAGCAGUCAGCUCCAGCUACAUCCACCAAGCAGCUGCUCCAAUUGCUGUUGCCCAUGCCGCUCCAAUCAUCGCCAAGACCUACGCCGCCCCAGUAGCCACCUACGCCCAUGCCGCCCCAGUUGCUACCUACGCACAUUCCGCCCCAGUAGCUACCUACGCUCAUGCCGUGGGAACCACCAGCCAAAGCGUAGUCCGUUCUUUGGGAGGAGCUCAAGCAGUAUCUCACUACUCCAAGGCUGAGGACAGUGCCUUUUCCACCGUCCGCAAAUACGAUACCCGCAUCACCAACGAUGCUUACUCCUUUGCCCAUGCCGCCCCAGUAGCUACCUAUGCUGCUCCAGUAGUGGCUAAGGCUGCUUAUGCUGCCCCAGUAGCUACUUAUGCUCAUGCCGCUCCAGUCGCCACUUAUGCUCAUGCUGCUCCAGUAGCUACCUACGCUCAUGCUGCUCCUGUUGCCAAAGCCGCCAUUGCCUACUCUCCAGCAAGCGUUGUCUCUCAUACUUCCUUCGCUGGUCUUGGUGCCCAUUACGAAUGGUAAAUG